GAGAAGAAAUAUUAAUAGCUCUGUUUAGUUUGAAUGCUCCAGAAUUUUCUAUACUGCUGAAUCAACUUUCAAAAAAUUAUCAGGAUAGUGCCUUUCAGUUAUUAAAUGCACAGUUAAGGCAAAGAAGUACUGAAAACAAUUCAAAAUCAUCAAUUGGAAAAAAAAAUUCAUUUGGCUCUGGUCGACAUCAGUCAUCAAAUACAACUUUUUCAAGGUUUCAUACAAUUGGGUCACAGAAUAACUCAUUUGAAUCUGAUGACACAGAAAAUCUUAAUCCUGAAGAAAUAUAUAAUUCUUUGAAAAAGACAACAGCAGAAAUUCAGAAAUACAGUCUUGAAAGAAUAGAACAAGAGUAUAAUGGAAAAGAUAGUAGUAAAGAUAGUCGUCGUCUAUUAGGAGAACAACAACAGUUAAGGGAUACUGCUUCUCAAGAUUCUGGUAUUAGUCAGUUAUCUGUUCCAGAUGGGCGAUUGGAUAUAUUGGAAGAAAAAUUAGAAUACUUAUCUAGUACUGAUUCUUCACCUAACAAAAAAUCACCAAUUGAAUACAAUCCAAUUUUAUAUGGACAUUCGGACACAAAAAACAGAUUUGAAAGAGAUAUAGAAAUAUUACAAGAUGGAAAUACAAAUAAAGAAGGUAAAUUUUAUUCUGAAAUUGUUUUGUAGUAGAAUUAAUUAUAAUCUAG